ACACUCUCUGCUAGCGGCGCACGCACUUACACACUCAUUUAAACUCACAGCUCCGCUUCAUUCACAGGCCCGGACAGUGUUGAUCAUGAAGCCGUUUUUAACGAGUUUUAUUUAUUUGGCGCUAUUAUGUAGUAGGUUAUCGUGUGAUAAUGACACAGAAGAGGACGAGCACGCCAAACACACAUAUACGGUGGAGAUGUUCAAUGAUGCUAUCACUACCGCUCCACACUUCGUCAUGUUCUUCGCGCCCUGGUGUGGUCACUGUCAGAGGCUGCAAGGGACCUGGAAUGAGUUGGCAGACAAAUAUAACAGUAUGGAGGCUCCUCCUGCGUAUGUUGUGAAAGUCGACUGCACAAAAGACACUAAGUUUUGCUCCAGUGAACAUGGGAUCCGUGGAUACCCAACUCUGAAGUUGUUUAAACCUGAGCAGGAGGCUGUGAAGUAUCAGGGCCCACGAGACCUGCAGGCCCUGGAGAACUGGAUGCUAAAAACCUUGCAGGAUGAACCUGAAGAGCCCCAGAGUGAACCAGAGCCACCCAAAGUCCCCGAACCCAAACAGGGCCUGUAUGAACUCACAGCUACAAACUUCAAAUCACACAUCGCUAAAGGUUCUCACUUUGUAAAGUUUUUUGCACCGUGGUGUGGGCACUGCAAAGCCAUGGCUCCAACAUGGGAACAGCUUGCCAGCAGCUUUGAGCACUCAGACAGUAUCAAGAUUAGCAAGGUUGAUUGUACACAGCACUAUGAAGUGUGUUCAGAUAAUCAGGUUCGGGGUUAUCCCACGCUACUUUUCUUCACUGAUGGAGAGAAGAUCGAUCAGUACAGAGGAAAGCGUGAUCUGGACUCAUUUAAAGAGUUUGUGGAUAACCAUGUGAAAGCUGCUGAAUCUAAAGAUGAGCUUGAGAAGGAAGAGGAGCACACUCACGAAAUCCCACCGAGCGCUGAACCUGAGAAACAAGAGUCGAAUGUUCUGGUCUUGACUGAGAACAACUUUGAUGAGACUGUUGCCAAAGGACUCUCCUUCAUCAAGUUCUAUGCCCCAUGGUGUGGUCACUGCAAGAACCUGGCACCUACCUGGGAUGAUCUAUCACAAAAGGAGUUCCCCGGGCUGACUGAUGUGAAGAUUGCUAAAGUGGACUGCACGGUGGAGAGAACGCUCUGCAACAGAUUCUCUGUGCAUGGUUACCCAACACUAAUAAUGUUUCGGGCGGGACAACAAGGGGAGGAGCAUAAUGGAGGCCGGGACUUGGAGAGCUUGCACAGUUUCAUCAUGAAGCAAGCAAGAGAUGAGCUGUAACCCUUCCCUUAUUUUCCAUCACCUUCCUCUACAAGACAACACUAUCUACAUUUACAAUACUGUCAGGCACACCUCAUUUCUGUCCCAAACCUGCUGAAGUGAGGACAAUCUCUUCCACAUGAUGCAAUGUGAAUGUACAUUUCUUCUUGACCAGUUGAGAUUAUUACCUUGAUUUUGCCCUUUCUUCUUUAAAAGUAACACUUCGUUAUUUACGAUGCGUCUUUUGCAAUAGUUAAUAUUCAUAGAGUUGUACAAUACUGGAAUUCGGUACCAAUCGAUACUUAAAUUUUUUAAAUGAUCCAUUUCCCGCUAACAAUCACCGCUGUUUACUGACUAUAUACACAGAUACAGGGAGACUGGAGCAUUUUAAAGUCACGUCAAUCAGCUGGUUUGUCUAUAAGCUGACAUACGAACGAUCCGCUGAUGAAUCGUGGGUUUAAAAUGCUCCAGUGUCCCAAUAUCUGUGGUUACAUUCAGUAAAUAGUGGCACGUUCGGUGAACCGAUGACCUUCGUGGCUAUUCACAGUGAUUUCUGUUGAGCACGUGAACACAAUUACAAAUCAGCGCUGUUUAAGAACGCGAUAGGCAGCGCUAAAAUGUUAGCGGCAAAUGGAUGUUUUUAAAACUUCAGUAUUGAUUGGUACCGAAUUCCAGUAUUGUGACAACCUUAUAGCAAACUAAGUUGAAUUUCCUCAUCUGUAAUUCAGACUAAGAAGAUAUGACCUCAGGGAAACAAUGUACCAUCUUAAGAAAACUAUGGCGUACCUGUUGUCUAUUCUGUUUUUUUUCAGUUCGGUGUAUGAUACACACUUGGAAACAGCACUUUGACCACCUACCUGGUCUUUCUGUUGUGAAAUUUUGUUAAAAAUAACCAGACUAAAGAUGUUUUUAGGCAGUCUGAGAGAUCUGCUUUAACUAGACAUGACCAAGCUGGCGAUUAGCUGGUUUAGAUGGUUAGCCAUAAUUAUAAAAUCACAAGAGUCUAACCGGCUUAAUGGCCAGCAAACCACUUUAAGGUCAUCUAAGCUGGUUUUCUACAGAAAGGAGGGUUGGUUAACUACUUUGAAUGGUUAAUCUGUCUUCUAAACAUUCUUAAUGCUUAUAGGAAUAUCAGUGGGUUGUGACAUUUUUAGGUCUGUACCCUGUAUUAGCUUUGUAUAAUGCAUUUUUCUUAAUUUUACAACGAUAAAACAGUGAACCGAUGGAGAAAUUGAUGAUUUUUUGCUGUAUAGUAGCAGUUUAUGUUGAAAAUGGUACAGUAAAUUUAGUUUAUUUUGGGAUUUUCUUUAUUUUGCAGGUUUUUUCUUUCAUUCGAAUAGACUUCGUCUCAGUCUUUUUCGAAAUUUUGUCUGUGAUGCCGUUUUGGUCAGCCACUUUUAAUAUUGUUAGUAUUUACGGUUUAAAGCUCUUGAAUUUCAGACACUAGCAUAGCUGUGUAUCAUUGAUUCAAAGGUCUGAUGCACUCCAGUGGUUUCAUUGAUUUAAAGAAAUGCAAUUUACAUCUUUCCUUUCAAAUGUUCCCACACUGAGAUGUUUAUUUUUCUCUUUUACUGGAUCUGAAAGAGAAGGAAGGGAAAAGCAAUCAGAAACCGCAUAUAUUCAGUGAAGUCUUUAUGGGAGGCACGUGGUCAAGGCCGACCUCAAUGAAAAACGCAGUAUUUUUGUCCUGUGAGAGAGGGGUACACACACUGCCGAGGGGGGUUUGUACAAAAAAAAGGCACUUUGUGACAAAUUUCAUAAUAAAAUGUCUUUUUUCAAAAAUA